CUCCUUCUUCCUCACUCCGCUACACUUAACACUGCCCAACCUCCCCUCACCUUCCAUGAAUCACAUUAUCUAACCACCACCAACAAUAAAAAUUCCAUCUUUAUCCGUAUGUCUCACUCAUUCUACCAUUUAAAUAAAUCCCUCCUCUUCUCUCUCCUCACUCCAUCCCCUCCAACUCCUCAUGGAACAGUACUUAGGAGGAGGAGAUCAUUUGCCGCCAUUAUUUCCUGACAACACCUUCUUCUCUCCAUCCCCUCUCCUUCCACCAGACUUAUUCCAACAAGAUGCGGCCUUGCAACCGAACUCCACCGCUUUCGGCUUCGCUCCGCUUGUGUUUCCGAAUGGAGGGAGCGGGAGUUCGUUAAUGGAGGAUCAGAGAGGGGAAGAGAAGGAGGAAGGGGAGGGUGUUAAUGGGGUGGGGGAGAGGAGGGAGAAGAGGAAGGCUGUGAGCGGGAGGGGGAAGAAGGUGAGCAGACCGCGAUUUGCGUUUCAGACGAGGAGUGCUAAUGAUAUACUCGACGAUGGGUAUCGGUGGAGGAAGUAUGGACAGAAAGCCGUGAAGAACAGUACUCAUCCCAGGAGCUAUUAUCGGUGCACACAUCACACUUGCAACGUUAAAAAACAAGUUCAGAGGCUGUCAAAGGAUACGAGUAUUGUGGUAACAACAUAUGAAGGUGUUCACAACCAUCCAUGCGAGAAAUUAAUGGAGGCUUUGAGCCCUCUUCUUAAGCAGAUUCAGUUCUUAACCACAAGGUUUUAGUAUGUUGUUGUUUACUUUCUGAUACCAAAGUAUGUGUCGGGCAGACAAAUAGCUGUCUUGCAUGUCAUUUAUAUAUAAACUAUACAUCUUCAUAAGCUUGGAGUGUAUAUAAAGUACAUGUUUAUAUACAUAUAUAUACUGUCAAAAAGAAGAGGAAAAGUCAUACUUAUUUUUCUUAAUAAUUGUCUUUCAGUUUGGGAUGGUUCAUCCUCCAUCAUUAACUAGAGUUUGAGAUAGAAG